UUAAAAGUUUGAAAACAUCUUGAGUUUUAAAGUCAUUUAUAAUGUAAUUUCAUGGCUGAUUGACAGAGUUGGGUGAAGUCCAUGGAAGAGACUAGAUUUUUUAUAAUUAAGUGUCGGGUCAUGGCAUUACAAACACAACAAAUUACGGCCAAAUAUUCUUCUUCUUCACCGAACUAUUAAACAAAUUUAUCUUCAGAGUUGACCCCAAAAUCCAUGGCGCGUAUGCUAGGAGGAUUAGCUACACCCUUUCUCUGCAAACCAAUUUAUGCUUCUUCUUCUUCUUCUUCCAACCACAAUUACACAUCAAAUUCAGCUUUUGAUUCUCUCUACAUUAAACGGGCAGCCGAUUUAGCUGACAAAUCGGCCGGAUUUACCGCUCCUCAUCCUAACUUCGGCUGCGUUAUCGCUGUUCCAAAUGGUGGAGGUAAGGUGGUCGGAGAAGGUUACUUAUACGCCGAAGGAACAAUUCCGGCCGAGGUGCAGGCUGUUGAAGCCGCCGGCGAGCACUGUCGAGGUGCCACUGCUUAUCUUAAUAUGGAACCUGGAGACUGUCAUUGUGAUAGCGGUGCCGUUUCCGCCCUAAUCGAGGCAGGGAUUAGUAGAGUUGUUGUUGGGAUACGACAUCCACUGCAACACCUUCGUGGAAAUGCCAUUCACACAUUAAGGAGUGAAGGUCUUCAAGUUGAUGUGAUUGGGGAAGAUACACAGAAUAAGACUAUUGAGGAUGCUAUCAAAUCCUGCCUUUUUGUCAAUGCUCCUUUACUAUAUAGAGCUGCCUGUCAAGUACCGUUCUCUGUUCUCAAGUAUGCAAUGACACUUGAUGGGAAAAUUUCUACUAGUAGGGGUCAUGCGUCAUGGAUCAGUAGCAAAAAGUCAAGAACUCGAGUUUUUGAAAUGCGGGGUAGAAGUGAUGCUGUUAUUGUUGGAGGAAAUACUGUGCGCAGAGACAAUCCACGUUUGACGGUUAGACAUGGAGGUGACCAUCUGCCCCGGCGUAUUGUAUUAUCUCAAACUCUUGAUCUUCCAGAAGAAGCACAUCUUUGGAAUGUUUCUGAGGUCCCCACUUUAGUUGCUACACAAAGAGGUGCAAGGAGAAGUUUUCAGAGAUUGCUUGCAUCCAAAGGCGUUGAAGUGGUGGAAUUUGAUAUCUUAGAUCCUAGAGAUGUUAUGGAGUACUUAUAUGAUCGUGGAUACCUCUCCAUUUUGUGGGAGUGUGGAGGGACACUGGCUGCAUCUGCUAUUUCUUCUGGGGUCAUACACAAGGUACAUGCAUUUAUCGCUCCCAAAAUUAUAGGUGGGAAAAAUGCACCUUCUCCAGUUGGGGAACUUGGAAUGGUAGAGAUGACCCAGGCUCUGGAACUAAUUGAUGUUUCCUAUGAGCAGAUUGGACCUGACAUACUUGUUAGUGGGUUUCUGCAACCAGUUCCUGACCUGACACCUACUAUUCCAUCAGUACAAGAAACUUCAGCCAUUGAUCCUUCCAUUUCUCCUUACGAAUCAAGCAUCAUAUUCUUUUACAAAACAUGGGAUCCAUAUGGUUCCUUCUCAAACUUCUCCCUCCAUCCAAUUCAAAUGCCUGAUGAAAAUGAAGAACUUGUCACCUGGUCCACUGUUGAGCAUUAUUACCAGGCACAAAAGUUUGUUGGGGUAUCUGAUCCUGUCGCUAAAAGCUGUAUUGAAGAAUUAAAAUGUGCAAAGAGCCCCGAGGAAGCAGCAAGGAUUGGAAGGAGAAUACAGAGGCAGCAACCUAAUCUGGUAAGACCGGACUGGGAAUCUAUCAAGAUUGACGUCAUGUAUAAGGCCUUAAAAUGCAAGUUCACGACAUACCCCUAUUUAAACUCUUUGCUGCUCUCAACCGCGGGCUCUGUUCUUGUGGAGGGUUCACCACAUGAUCUAUUCUGGGGAGGAGGUCGAGACGGAGAAGGUCUUAACUAUCUUGGACGAUUGCUAAUGAAGUUGAGAUCUGAGCUCCUAGGUGACAGUCAAAAAUCUUUGCUUCCUCAAACAUCAGAAAAUAAGAAGUGAUGUUUCUCAUUUUUGUCCUAACAAUGUUAGGUUAAUGUUGUAAUCUACCAAGAAAACUACGCCUUGCAUGUGUAUAUCAAGUUUUAUAAUAACAUUUUUAUUUAAAAUUA